AUGAGUGCUAAAGCCCCAUCCAGAUCAUAUGAUAUGAUCAUGAAGUUAUUGCUUGUCGGAGACUCCGGAGUCGGCAAAUCGUGUUUGUUGUUACGUUUUGUUGAAGACAAGUUUAACCCUUCUUUCAUUACUACAAUCGGCAUUGAUUUCAAGAUCCGCACCAUCGAGAGCAAUGGUAAGAAGAUCAAAUUGCAAGUCUGGGACACAGCCGGCCAAGAACGGUUUAGAACCAUCACCACGGCAUACUACAGAGGUGCUAUGGGUAUUGUUUUAAUCUACGAUGUCACUGAUGCGAGAACUUUUGAAAAUGUUGAGAACUGGUUUCAAACUGUUACGCAGCAUGCGAACGAAGAUGCCCAAAUCUUUUUGGUUGGUAACAAGUCCGACGACGAGGAAAACAGACAAGUGUCGAGAGAACAGGGUCAACAGUUGGCUUCGAGCUUGAAUAUCCCAUUUUUGGAAGCAAGUGCCAAGACAAACGAGAAUGUGGAGUCUAUCUUUUACGAGUUGGCGUCGCUCAUUCAAGAGAAGCACAUUGACGAAGAACCAGUUCAGCGUUCUACCGGUAUUGAUGUGUCGCUGACGGGUAACGGGAUCAAGAAUAACUGUUGUUAA